AUGUCUCUGGGUGACCAUGUUUGGGUUGAUGUUCGAAAUGGAGGCGAAUUUAGUGUUGAAAUUGGUGCUAAAGUGGUUGCUACUCAAGCCGGACAAAUAAUAUUAGUCGAUGAUAAUGGACAGGAACUUCAAUUUCCCAUUCAAACUAAAUUUCGAUCAAUGCACAUUAGUUCAAUUGAAGGUGUUGAUGAUAUGAUUUUAUUGGGUGAUUUAAAAGAAUCAGCUAUAUUACAUAAUUUACACAUGCGUUAUAAAGAUAAUAACAUCUAUACGUAUACUGGUUCUAUAUUAGUUGCCGUUAAUCCAUAUAAACUACUCGAUAUUUAUAAUAUUGAUUAUGUAAAUCGUUAUUGUAAUCGAAAAAUUGGUGAAUUACCACCACAUAUCUUUGCCAUUGGAGACAAUGGGUACAUGAAUAUGCAACGUUAUCAACAUGAUCAGUGUAUUAUUAUAAGCGGCGAAUCUGGAAGUGGCAAGACUGAAUCAACAAAAUUGAUUUUACAAUUUUUGGCUGCUACAUCUGGUCAACAUUCUUGGAUUGAACAACAAAUAUUAGAUGCAAAUCCAAUUUUAGAAGCUUUUGGCAAUGCAAAAACAGUGAGAAACGAUAAUAGUAGUCGAUUUGGAAAAUAUAUUGAUAUUCAUUUUGAUAAACGUGGGGUUAUUGAAGGUGCUAAAAUUGAACAAUAUUUAUUAGAAAAAUCACGCAUUGUAUCACAAGCUCGUGAUGAACGCAAUUAUCAUGUAUUCUAUUGUAUGUUAGCCGGUAUGACAAACGAUGAAAAACAAGCUCUUGAUUUAUCAUCAGCCAGUGAUUAUGUAUAUUUAAAUCAGAUCGAAGGUACCAUUUACUGUGAUAGUAGAGAUGAUGGAAAAGAAUGGUCAACAAUUAAAAGUGCAUGUAAAGUGUUAAUGUUUAAUGAUGAAGAACUCAAUGAUAUUUUGAGGCUUUUAUCAGCUGUAUUACAUUUGGGAAAUCUAAAAUUUCAAGCUACAACCACACAAAAUCUUGAUACAACAGCAAUAGCAAACAAUAAUGUUUUAAGAACUGUGUCAAAAUUGCUCAAAUUGGACGAGAAUGGUUUACGUGAUGGUCUUUUGAAAAGAACAAUUUUUGCACAUGGCGAAGCCGUAGUUACACCAUUAAAUCAAGUACAAGCGUGUGAUGUACGUGAUGCAUUUGUAAAAGGAAUUUAUGGAAAAAUGUUUAUAUGGAUCGUUGAUAAAAUAAAUAGUGCAAUAUAUAAACCAAAAGAAGCUUCAACGUAUAGAAAAUCCAUCGGUGUAUUAGAUAUAUUUGGUUUUGAAAACUUUCAACGAAAUAGUUUUGAACAAUUAUGUAUCAAUUAUGCAAAUGAAAAUCUACAACAAUUUUUUGUUCAUCAUAUAUUUAAAUUAGAACAAGAAGAAUAUGAUAAUGAACAUAUUAAUUGGAAACAUAUUGCAUUCGAAGAUAAUCAACGAAUAUUAGAUUUAAUUGCAACAAAAUCUAUGAAUAUAAUAGCAUUGAUAGAUGAAGAAAGUAAAUUUCCGAAAGGUACCGAUAAAUCUUUAUGUGAUAAAUUACAUGCGAAUCAUGCUAAAAAUGAAAAUUUUGUGAGUAGAAAAAAUGAGAAUGGUAUUAAUUUUGGAAUUAAACAUUUUGCUGGACAUGUUUAUUAUGAUUGUGAAAACUUUUUGGAAAAAAAUCGUGAUACAUUUAGUCAAGAUCUAAUGAAAUUAUUACAAGAAACAAAAAGUAAAUUUUUACGAAAUUUAUUUCUAAAUGAAUAUCAAAUUGGAACAGAAACACGAAAACGAGCUCCAUCUUUGGGUACACAAUUUAAAAAAUCACUUGAUUCAUUGAUGACGAUAUUGGCAGCGUGUCAACCAUUUUUUGUUCGUUGUAUCAAACCAAAUGAAUAUAAAGCACCAAAUAAUUUUGAUCGUUCACUCGUUUAUCGUCAAUUACGAUAUUCUGGAAUGAUGGAAACAAUAAGUAUUCGGAGAAAAGGCUAUCCUAUACGUCAUUUAUUUCACGAUUUUGUUGAUCGUUAUCGAUUGUUAGCACCUGGCAUUGGUCCAUCACAUCGUGAAGGCGAUUGUAAACAAGCAUCGGAUAAAAUAUGUAAAACAGUAUUGUCCGAUUUAGAUUAUCAAAUUGGAAAAACUAAAGUUUUUCUAAAGGAUGCACACGAUGUUUAUCUUGAACAAGCUCGUGAACAAGUUAUGUCACGUAAAAUUCUCAUAUUACAAAAAUCUAUAAGACAAUGGAUAGUUCGACGAAAAUUUUUGGCUAUGCGUCAAAGUGCAUUUAUUAUACAAUCACAAUGGAAAACAUAUCAACAAACAAAACGUUAUGCUAUUAUAAGAAACGGUUUUAUGCGUCUACAAGCAUUACAUCAUACACGUUUAUUAACACAUCGAUAUACGGCAUUGAAAAAUCGUAUAUUAAACUUGCAACGUUAUUGUCGUGGUUAUGUUGCACGACAAAAUUAUAGUAGAAAAUUGAAUGCUAUCAUUAUAUUACAAGCUGAAGUUAGACGACAUGUUGCACAAAAAAGAAUGAGAAGAUUAAAAAUUGAACAAAAAAAAUAUAAAGAAGCGGAACAAGAACGUUUUGAAGAAGAAAAAAAAUUAAUACCAUUACUUGGUGCAAAAAGAGCGAAAGAAGAAGCAGAGAAAAAGUAUCAUGUAUGUAUUUUUUUAUCAUUACAAUAUAUACCAAAAGAUUAUGUACCUCAUACUAAUGAACGUUUAAAUCAAUUAGAACAAGAAAUCCAUGAACAAGAGCGUAUGGAACAACAACGUGCAAAAGAAAAACGUAUUCUAAUGGAACGUAGAAGUUAUACUGAUGAUAAUGAAUUAUUUAAUACAAUGUUUCCGGGUGGCGAUGAGCGUACAACAACUGGUGGUAUGAAUUCACAUCAAUUACGUUCAAAUGCUGGCGGUAUGCAGUCAACUUUGGGUAAUUUACCAUCAGUUGGAAAUGUUGAAUUAAUUCAUAAAGCAUUACCAUUACCUGAUCAAGAUGAAGAUUUAAAAGAGUAUACGUUUGCAAAAUUUGCCUCAACAUAUUUUCAAGGCAAUGCGACACCAUCAUUUACGAAAAAAGCACUUAAACAACCAUUACUUGCAUUGAAAUCAGAGCGUGAUCAAUUAGCUGCUCUAGCUAUAUGGAUAACAAUUCUUCGUUUCAUGUGUGAUCUUCCUGAUAUUCGUACGCCAUCAACCACUCAUCAAAAACAAUCUGUCAUGACUAAAAUUCAUUCAACAUUAGGACGUAAAUUCAAUAAGAAAGAUUUAGAAGAAGCACAAAAGUUAAGUGAAUCAAUUGAUAAUCAACCGAAUAAUGUUUCAUCAUCUUCAACAAAUGGAAAUAAUGGCAAUAGUAGUAAUAAUUUAACUUCAUUGUCAAAUAUCAAUAAUAAUAAAUCAUCUCGUAGUGUUAAACAAAAAUUAGUUAAUAUGACAUUGAAACGUAAAUCAAAAUUAUCGAACGAUGUUGCUAUUACACGUCUAAAAGAUUUAGAUCUAUUAAGUACACAACAAAUGAAAAUGAAUGGAAUGAAUCCGUUUCUUGAAGAUCGACCAACAUCAAAUUUGGAAAAAUUACAUUUUAUUAUUGGUAUUGGGAUACAUGUACAAGAAGUUCGAGAUGAAAUCUAUUGUCAAAUAUGUAAACAAUUAACAAAUAAUCCAACAUCACAAAGUGUCGCUCGAGGAUGGAUAUUAUUAUCAUUAUGUGUUGGAUGUUUUGCACCAUCAUCUAAAUUAAUUAAAUAUCUUCAAAAUUUUAUUCUAAAUGGUCCAAAUGGUUUUCCACGUUAUUGUUAUGAACGUCUGUCACGUACAAUGAUGAAUGGUCUAAGAACACAACCACCAUCUUGGCUAGAACUACAGGCUACUAAACAUAAAGAGCCACUAUUAUUACAAAUAACGUUUAUGGAUGGAAGUUCUAAAGCACUAAAAGCCGAUUCAGCUACAACAGCGAAAGAAUUAUGUGAUUUAUUAGCGGAAAAAAUUAAUUUACAAGAUAAAUUUGGUUUUUCCUUAUAUAUAGCUCUAUUUGAUAAAGUAUCAUCUUUGGGUAGUGGUGGUGAUCAUGUAAUGGAUGCAAUAUCACAAUGUGAACAAUAUGCAAAAGAACAAGGUACAUUGGAAAAAAUUGCACCAUGGCGUUUAUUUUUUCGUAAAGAAAUAUUUGCUCCAUGGCAUAAUCCAGGUGAUGAUAAUGUAGCAACAAAUUUAAUAUAUCAACAAGUUGUACGUGGUAUUAAAUUUGGUGAAUAUCGUUGUGAAAAAGAUGAUGAUCUAUCGAUAAUUGCUGCACAACAGUAUUAUAUUGAAUAUGGAACAGAAAUGCAUAUCGAUAGAUUAAAAGAUUUAUUACCACAUUAUAUACCAGACAAUCAAUUAUGUCAAAAUAAAGCAACAGAGAGAUGGUUACAAUUAAUUGUAAAUGCACAUAAACGAAAUUAUUAUACAAAAGAACGAAUACAAACUAUACGUGUAAAGGAAGAUGUUGUGAAUUAUGCAAGAUUUAAAUGGCCAUUAUUAUUUUCAAGAUUUUAUGAAGCAUACAAAUUUUCUGGUCCAACAUUACCAAAAAAUGAAGUAAUUAUUGCUGUUAAUUGGACAGGUGUUUAUGUUAUUGAUGAUCAAGAACAAGUUUUAUUAGAAUUAUCAUUUCCAGAGAUAACACAAGUAUUAAGUAGUAAAACAGGUAGACAACAAAGCAAUUCUUUUACAAUAAUAACAAUUAAAAAUGAUGAAUAUACGUUUACAUCGAAUAAUGCGGAUGAUAUCAAAGAUUUAGUUAUCAAUUUUCUAGAAGGUUUAAAAAGAAAAUCAAAAUUUGUUGUUGCUGUACAAGAUUAUGAACCAUCAGAACGUGGUCAAGGUUUGUCUAUUCAUCGCGGUGAUCUGAUAACUUUACAAGAUGAUCUUAAUACUACAAUAAUCAACAGUAAUUCAAAUACUAAUCAUCCUCCUGGAACAGCAAGUGCUACUAUUAAAACUCCACAUUGGUUGUCUGGUUAUAACGAACGUACAGGUUUAACCGGUGAAUUUCCUAGCGACUGUGUCUAUAUCCUACCAACAAUGUCAAAACCACCACAAGAUAUUUUACAAACAUUUACUUUACAAUGGACAGAUGUGAAUAAUCAACAAAAUGAAAAUUCAUUGGCUGGUGGAAAUUAUGGAACAGAUUUUCAUGUUGAGCAUGGUUAUACUCUAGAAAAAUAUGCUGAAUUAAAUUUUCGAUUACCACCAAAACGAACAUGGUCAAAUACAUUUGCUCGUCGUGGUGGUAAUAAUGGUGAUAAAAUAUGGGCCUUUCAAAAGGAACCAUUAAAACAACCACUACUAAAAAAAUUACAAGAAAAACAAGAUUUAAGUGAAGAAGCGUGUACUUGUUUUAUGAAUAUAUUAAAAUAUAUGGGUGAUCAUCAAACAGGACUUAUAAGAAGACGAGCAACCAAUGAAUUAACAGAUGCCAUAUUUGAUCCAGCUUUAAAACAUGAAAUUUUGAAAGAUGAAAUUUAUUGUCAGAUAAUAAAACAGUUAACUGAUAAUGGAAAUCAAACAAGUGAAUCACAUGGCUGGGAAUUAAUGUGGUUAGGAACGGGUUGUUUUGCACCAAGUGCAUUAUUAUUGAAAGAAGUAAAUUUAUUUUUACGUUCGAGAAAACAUCAAUUGGCUGCUGAUUGUUUUACAAGAUUACAACGUACAUUAAAAAAUGGACAACGUAAACAUCCACCACAUCAAGUCGAAGUAGAAGCUAUUCAACAUAUGACAACACAAAUCUAUCAUAAAGUCUAUUUUCCUGAUGAUACAUCUGAAGCAUUUGAAGUUGAUUCUAGUACACGUGCAAAAGAUUUUUGUCGAAAUAUUGCUGAUCGUUUAAAACUUCAAGGCAGUGAAGGAUUUAGUUUAUUUGUAAAAAUAUUAGAUAAAGUCAUUAGUGUACCGGAUGGAGAUUUCUUUUUUGAUUUUGUCCGACAUUUAACAGAAUGGAUUAAAAAAACGAAACAACGUGAAGAUCCUCCAAAAUAUACUUAUCAAAUAUUUUUUAUGAGAAAACUAUGGACAAAUACGGUACCUGGGCAAGACAGAAUGGCUGACGUUAUAUUCCAUUAUCAUCAGGAAUUACCUAAAUUGAUUCGUGGAUAUCAUAAAUGUUCGAUAGAAGAAGCCAUACAAUUGGCUGCUUGUAUUUAUCGUGUUCGUUUUGGAGAUAGUCUUGCUCAAUUCGAUAAUAUACAACUGAAAGAUUUUUUACCUGCCGAUCUUAUUGAUCGAUUGCCUUAUGCUGAUUGGAAAAAGCGUAUAAUGAGUGCUCAUCAAUCUUCUCGUGGAAUACCGUCGGAAGACGCUAAAAUAAAGUUUUUAAAAAUUGUUUAUCAAUGGUCAACAUUUGGUUCAGCAUUUUUCGAAGUUAAACAAACAUCUGAUCCAACGUAUCCUGAACAAUUACUUAUUGCUAUAAAUAAAAAUGGUGUCAAUUUAAUUCAUCCAAAAACAAAAGAUCUUUUAAUGACUUAUUCAUUUACAAGCAUAUCAAAUUGGUCUAGUGGAAAUACCUAUUUUAGUUUCACUGUUGGUGAUAUUGUGCGCGGUACGAGAUUGUUGUGUGAAUCACCAUUGGGUUAUAAAAUGGAUGAUCUACUAACAUCUUAUAUUAGUUUGAUGGUACAAACAAUGCAUCGGAAUUCUUCACGGACAAAUAAUCCAAUCUAA